CUCCACGCACUCGCCUCACCUUCGCGUCAGGUCAGGGAAACUGCGUCCAGCCGUCUCUUCCAUCCUCGAGCCUUUCGCUUCCCUUCCUUCAUCACCUCAAUCGUUACAGGUCGGCCGCCUUUCUUCUUUUCUCCAACUGGCGCUCUCUGCAUAGAACACGCUACUUUCGAAAGGGCAAUACUGUUUUUUGCUACGUCGAUCGAAUUUUGAACCAUCCCUGCUACUCUUCCAAACAAAGCACAAAUCGUCAAGGUCGUUGCAAUCGAACACUGCGUAUUCUGCACUUUUUCACGGUUCCUUUCUUCCAGAACCCCGAACGCUCUUUGACAACUCGACUGCGAAGAUAGGAAGAACGCGUCGUCGUCCUCGAGCCAACAUGUCGGGCUACAACUACGGUCCCCCACCACCUCCGCCUCCGGCUGCCCAGGCUAGCCAUCCUGGAUAUGGGCACCACGGCGGCGCUUACCAACAGCAUUCACGAGGCGGAGGUGCUCAUGCUGCCCGUGGCGGGCGCGCUGGUUAUCCAUCAAAUGGUCGCCCAGAUUAUCCCCCGGCCCAUCAGCCUCAGUACGAAUAUCCCCGCCAGCAGCCAUACCCUCAACAUAGCCCAGGAUAUCCCGCCCAGCAGCAACAACCUGCUGGCAGCAACUACCCUCCUCAGCAGCAGUGGCAUCAAGACCACGCACAUGGCGCCGCCCAGCAUGGCGCUCACGCUCCUACGCCUCUGUCGACGUCCAACUACCAUCCAAACUACGCUCCCCAGGUCUACGCUCAUCCUCAACACCCACAACAUCCUCAGCCGCCAUCUCACCAGCCAGCCUACGGUCCACAGCAGCCGCAACAACCACAGCAGCAACCCUACGGCCAACCGUAUCCCGCUCCUGCACCAUAUACCGCUGGCCAGCCGUGGGCUGGACACGACCCCCAUGCUCAAGGUCCCUACGGCGCUGGUCGCGGCCGUGGCGGUUACGGAAACGAUCGAGGCGGGUCCCGAGGUCCUAACAUGGCCACGCCUGCUCCAGUAGCCUACGGUGGUGAAGGAGUUCACCAUCAAGCGAAUGGUGGAUAUGGUCAGCCGUAUGCCGAUCCACGCGCGCAAUCCGUCCAAUACCAAGCUCCACCUCAAUAUCCGUACCAUGCCCCUCCUCCGGCACCUCACGCAGCGAUUCCUCCACAGGAGCCGUACUACAAACAUGAUGGACAGGCCGGUCGAGGUCGUGGUGGUCAUCGUGGUGGCAACCCACGUGGUCGUGGCUCGUUUCACGGCAACGACAGGGGUCGUCAUCGUCAACAGGGCAAUAACAGUCACAAUCACAACCAUAACAACCGACAAGACGGUGGAUUCCACCAUAAGCAUGAUAAGCACGACAAUGCUGCCUCGGGUAAGAAGAAGAAGCGUAAGACUAACACCCUUGGUCUUACACCUGGCCAAGACUCGGAGUCGGAAGACGAUGAGAUGGAAGAGGAGACGCUUCGCAAGUUGAUAGGAGCAGAUGCACUACAGGUGACUGAUGUCGCUUCAUACAUUGCCGAGCGGAAGAAGCGCUUCCCUACGGCUGCGCGUGUCAAGGCUAAGAAGUCUGCCGAGACCACGCAAGGAAGUGGCAAUAAGAUCCAUUCUAGUCUGGAGAAGGAGGAGAAUCUCGCCAGCAAGCUCAGGAGACAACUGGAAAAGGUUGAAUCGUCUAUCAAGCGCAAGCGUGAACAGCAAGACGAGGGCGAUGAGAUGAGAGACAGCCCCUCCAUUGACAUCAAGUCUGAAGACGAUGAGCCAGAAGUCGCGUCAAGUCGUGUUCAGCCGGCCCCUCCACCCCCUCCUGCAAAAAAAGCAGACAUCUCAAAGCAUUGCAAGUACUACUCUACGGGAGGUACUUGCGGCAAGAAGGGCAAGUGCCGCUUCGUACAUGAUCCUGCUGUUAGGGAGGCAGCCAUGAAGGAGAGAGAGAUGAACAAUGGCCACCUCACCAUCCAGCAGCGCUUGAUCUUGAACGACAAGGACCAAGAGGACCUUACUGUUCUUCAAUCAAUUCAAUAUCUGCGGGAGAAAGGCUUGAUGAAGCCUGAAGAUCAGCCUAAUGGUACCAACGGGCACAAUGGGUCACAGACCUCCCAAUCUCAGUCCCGCCAGCACCCCAGCAGUCUCCCUGCGGCACCUGCUUCUCUCCCAGCGCCGCCUAUGAAGCACCACGGGCUUCCUCCCCACAAACCGCCUCCUUCUGCAGGCGGAUCUACGGUUCGAUACAAAGGCUGGAACUUGAGUGGAUAUGGGAACUCAGGUCUCAAGUCGGAAGAUCUCCCAUAGAUGGCUACCAUCAACGGCCAAAGCCGGAGGUUUACCAAAACACUCCAACUCUGCACCGCUUCUACUUGAAGUGUGCUUCGGUUCUUUCCUGAGCAGUCUGCCUGAGUAUGGCGACCUCGAAUCAUGCAACAGGUCUCUCGCUAUGGCGGAGAAGUCGUCCUGAUGCAGCGAUUCAAACUAGCAGCGAUGUUUAUGUUUUAUAUCUGAUCGAAUUUUAAGCCACAUCAAAGAAGUUGGGCGUGGAAAGAGCAUGAUUAGGAGGAUCACAUCACCAAUUUUAUGCCAGCCCCCGUUUCCUUGAUUUUCACCACACUCGGACGACUCCGGCUUUGACAUCUCGGUUUCUUUGGUUGCGUCGGUUACCUUCCAGGGCUUCAUCUGCAAAGUUGCGAUCCCAGAUCGCGUGUAAGAUCGUUUUAUGAAUCCAAAGGGGACGAGACUGGAGACACGACGGCAUGGCGCAGCUUCUACUUACCAGUCUUACGAGUUUAGAACCGUCGGAGUUUCCGGCUUUAGGAAAGGGGCUGAGUAGCUCCACGCAAUGGCUUUGAGUUAUUCGCUUCGUAACUUUUCAGAGGAGUUUAGGACUGGCUGCAGCCCGGUUCGUUUGUACCUGAUACCUCAAGGAGGGCUUCGCAUCGGGCUUAUAGAACGGAAAACUGCCAUGGGUUCACAUUUCGGUGUCUUGGUG